AUGGCAUCGCCAGGCAAUGUUCUCAUUUUGUUGUUGUACUACCACCCCCGUGUAUUCAUAGAACAGAGGCAGCUCUUACAAUGCCAGCCUAUGAUGUAUACUUGCCUCAUGAAUAAUGCGGCUAGGGCACAGCUACGACACAGCUUGGACACGGUCAACUCCGGUCUACCUGCUCGGCAUAGCUCGCAGUCUCCUUGUACCAGCACGGAUCCAGAGGUGUUGGAGCUUUGGACGAGUCUGCUAUCGGUACUACCGGCUGCGCUUGAUAGCUGGAAAGCAAAUUGCAGGCAUGAAGAGGUGAGGAAUCAUAUCCGGCAACACACUAGUUGA